UCGCCUGUCGCUUCCCCAGAAGGCACCCAGCACCAGAAAUCUCGAUCAGAAAAGAAUUCGCUCGGUAGGGUUCGGGCAAGUUCCACGGGGGAAGAAAGUCGCUCCUGUAGAUCAGCUGGUGGUUGAGAACCAGCAGAUUUUAAGAGACAUGGUGAAUGUUGCUGUUGAGGAUCACAAUCCGAACUCGCCAGUCAAUGUACUCAAGUUUACUGCCAAGGCAGGUGUCGUAGUGGAAUUGUACGAUAUCAGCCAAUCGGAAAUAGUAUUCUAUCAAAAAGGAUCGAAAAUUCACAAGACGUCAACAAAAGGUGCACAUUUAAUAGAGGAAAGAGCGCAACGAUAUCCGCCAGGAGUCGAUGGACUGCCCACGUCGGGACCGAAGCGUCGGUACAAUUUCAUUGAAUCCAUUUUCCGUCCCCAGCAAAUCUGGCCGCGCCACAAUUAUGAAAUCGCCAGCCAAACGGAAUCAAUGCCGAUUGGCAGUUUUCGUGUUAAAGUACGCACGUAUGCUAUCAACGAUCUCUACGCAGCUGACCUGAAGCGUAAGAAAACCGGUGAUACGGAACACGGAAAGGGCGAUCCCACACAGCAGUCCAGUAUCGCAAUGGUUACUUUGUCCGAUGCGGAAAGAUUGGAAAAGGCCAAGAGCGAUUACCAGGCCGCGUAUAAAUUAGUUCUUGUUCCGAUGCAUCACGAUAUUGAGGAUACGAAACGAAAGGUGGCCGACGGAGCAGAAUGGCCGGUACACAUUGCGCCAACGAAGCUGAUUGGGUUGCAAAAGCAGCGAAGUAUACAGCACAUCUUCCGUGGGUUGAAACUGGUGGAGAAGAUUAUUCUUCAAGCUUUCCAUCGGCCUAUUUCUGUUGAUUACCGUUAUUUUGAGGACUUACUGGAUAACGGUCGGAAGACAGGAUCACUGAUGCCGUUGUGGAACAUCCACCAUCCCCGACUGAAGGAUGUUAAGCUGGAAUUCGCUGUAUGGCAUCCACGUUACCCGGACAUGUUUGUGUGCAGCGGCGGAAGAGACGAGGUGUGGGAUCCAUUGGUUGGGCCUGGGCAGACUGUGGGUUUUGUUUGUUGGUUCUCACUUCGCAAUCCCAUUUAUCCCGAAUACCUUCAGUACGUGGCAAAGCCGGUGAUGACCUUCGAUAUUCAUCCGAAAGGAUAUAUAAUGGCGGCCGGUACAAACGACGGGAACAUCAUGUACUUCAACAUGGGCAUACGCAGCGACGGUCCCGUAGCGGAGACAAAUUCCUUUGACGAAAUUCAUACUCGGACAAUUGUCGCUGUUAAAUUUCUAUCGGAAAAUAUCGAAGGCGAUAUGCGGUUUUUUACCGUUGGUUUGGAAGGAAACUAUAGAGAGUGGACUAUUGAGAAGCACACGAUUCUGCCACUGCGAUUGAUUCUGUCCUCCAACAUGCCAGGCUUUUUCCAUAAUCCAAACUGGUAUCUAGAUCAGCCCCAUACUGUCGCUUUCAGUCCUCUUCAGAAACAUUUGUUUUUGGUUGGGACAUUAUUCGGGUUUGUACAUCUUUGCCAUUAUGACGUCUUUCAACACAUACAACAUUCGUGGCGGGCACAUGAACUCCCUGUUGCUGCUGUCCGAUGGAACCCUUUCCAUAAAGACAUUUUCAUGACCUGCGGUUACGAUUACAAGAUCCAGAUCUACGAUUUGGCAAACAUUAAAGAAGGCCCAAUCUUGAAAUGGAAUUUCGACGUCGGUGUACGAGAUGUUCAGUGGGCGCCCUACAAUUCAAUGAUAUUUGCCACACUCUUGACCGAUGGGCAGUUUCUGAUGUAUGAUCUGGCUUAUUCCAAGUACACACCUAUUUGUUCUCAGGCGGUAGCUGUAACGUCAAAAAGCCGACUGGAGCGGAUACGCUUUAACAACUGGGGUCCGUAUGUACUGAUCAGCGAUCAGUCUGGAUCGGUGCAGAUAUUCAAGCUGAGCCCCAACCUAAGAAAAAUCGAAACCCAAGAGGAAGCCGUUGGAACGGUCCAACCAAAAUCCAGAGGUGCUCCCGUUGUCAAAAAGAAAACAACGGUCAGGAGUACGAAAUAUCCGGGCAUCGAUGUGAAAGCGCAAGUGGCCAAGGCAGAACGGUUGCUAGCGAUCUUCAGAGACAAAGUGCCUCCGUCCCUGAAGCUGGAUGCACCAAUGAAGAAAUACAUUACUGUGGGCGGGGAAUCGCUGAGCAGUGUGCUCCCAGAUGGAAAAGAGCUCAGAUUGUCGGGAUGGGAAAAGAGCAAAGAUAAGGGAAAAGAUAAGCGGUCAUUUUAGCCUAAUCGGUGCGCUUUUACUGACUGUUCAGUCUAUGGUUCACUGUAAUCACCAUGUUUACUAGUAGUGUCGGCUAGAAGGUGAAUGUACAAUGCGGUGCUUGUGAUAGUGGUUAUUCUGUCUGGUGAUUCGGAUGACCCAUCACGACUUGCUUGUAUAAAUUACGACAUAAGA